CAGCUAAAAACUCUCGAAAUGCAAGGUGCUGAUGGAUAGAAAUCGCGGAAUUAUUCUUUUAAAAUGAUAUCGAUCUACAAUGCCAAUGGUCACACAAAUAGUUUAAGUCACUAUUACCAGUCAAAACAAGAGUUUUGAGACGCUCUGCUGAGACGGACUGAGCGCUUCUGGGAUGAGCUGAUCUGGCACUGAGGUGUGACAUCAGUGACUGUCUGUGAGACUUUAGGGGUACAGAGGAUGAACUGGCCCCACUCUAUCGCUGUCUGCCCGCCCUGAGAGACACUGCUCCACAAAUAGCAGUCAAUGCGGUCUCCCACUGGGUCCUCUGAGACUGCCCCCCCAGGAUGUCUCGCGUGUCGACCACCGCCAAGCGCUACACAGGCUCCUCCUACUCCAACCACUACAGCUCCUAUGGCUCCUCCCUGACGCCAGGCCUGAGCUCGUAUAAGCCCUCGUCCUCGUCCUCCUCCACGGGCUACUCCUCUUCCUCCUACCUGAGCAGCUCCAGCCGACCACGCAAUUAUAGCUCCUCCUCCGAGCCCGAGCAUGAUCGUGGCCGGCCAAUCCCCCGCAGCGAUCUUCUGGGCAGCAGCAGCAGCCGGCGCAGCGAGAGCCUGAGCAGAGCGCCCGUCAGAACCUAUGGAGCGGGGCUGAGCGGGGGGGCGGGCUACUCCAGCUACAACUACUCCUCCACCUCCAGCCAGCCCAGCUACCUCUCCUCCUCGCCCGUCUCCUCCAGCUUCUCCCUCAGCCGACGCAAGUCUGUGUCCCAAAGCGACCUCAGCCGCGACUUGUCCUCCCUGGGCCUCACCUCCACCUCCGCCGCCUCCUCCUCUUCCUCCUCCUCCUCCUCAGCUCUGAGUCGUUACCGGAGCAGGACCAGUGAUGUAACAGACUCAUACAUCCCGCGCUCGAGCUACUCAGGCUUGUCACGCAGUGCUACACAGGAGGUCCUGCCACGCAGCUCCGCCCAGGAGCUCGGCAACAGCAGCAGGGGCUUCACCAGCUCCUGGGAGAGGAACAGCAACGGACGCUCCAGCUCCCCCUCCAGGGACUCCUCCUCGAACUCCAAGAAUGCCCAGGGCCUGGUGGGACUGAGGAACCUGGGGAACACAUGCUUCAUGAACUCUAUCCUCCAGUGUCUAAGCCACACUGACAGCCUGAGGGAGUACUGUCUCCACAACUCCCACCGCCGAGACCUCAGCAGCACCAGCCGUACCAACACCGCUCUCAUGGAGGAGUUUGCCAAGCUUCUCCAGACCAUGUGGUCAUCGUGCAGCAGUGAGGCAGUCAGCCCGUCCGAGUUCAAGACCCAGAUCCAGAGAUUUGCUCCCCGCUUCGUAGGAUACAACCAACAGGACGCCCAGGAAUUCCUGCGGUUCCUGCUAGACGGGCUACACAACGAGGUGAACCGGGUGACCGUACGACCUCGUGGCUCCACUGAAGACUUUGACCACCUGCCUGAUGAGGAAAAAGGCAAGAAGAUGUGGAGUAAAUACUUGGAGAGAGAGGACAGCAAGAUCGUAGACCUGUUUGUGGGCCAGCUGAAGAGCUCUCUGACCUGCAGCCACUGUGGCUACUGUUCCACUGUCUUCGACCCCUUCUGGGACCUCUCUCUACCCAUCGCCAAGAAGGGCUACGGUGAGGUGAGUCUGAUGGACUGCAUGAGGCUUUUCACCAAAGAAGAUGUGCUCGACGGAGAUGAGAAACCUACAUGCUGCAGGUGUAAAGCCAGGAGGAGAUGCACUAAGAAGUUCACCAUCCAGAAGUUUCCCAAGAUCCUGGUUCUUCAUCUGAAACGUUUUUCGGAGGCUCGGGUUCGAACAAGCAAACUCUCCACAUUUGUCAACUUCCCUAUGAAGGACUUGGACCUGCGAGAAUGCGCUUCUGGAAGCAGCAUCAAUGCGGUGUAUAACCUGUAUGCAGUGUCCAACCACUCAGGAACCACCAUGGGAGGGCACUACACAGCCUACUGUCGCAACCCCACCUCAGGAGAGUGGUACACCUUCAACGACUCCAGAGUAACGCCAAUGUCGUCCAGCCAAGUGCGCAGCAGCGAUGGCUACGUGCUCUUCUACGAGCUGGCCUCUUCCUCACGCAUGUGAGCCUCAGCUGACCUGUAGAGGGGUGGAGGGAGUUCAGAGAGGGACGCCUAACCCAACCCCGACCCCACAGUCAAGCAGGAGAGAGGGAGAGAGCUGGACUUGGAUCUGGCACACCAGGGACACUACUGAUCCGCCCGCUCCUCAUUUUUCCCUGCCUCUCUCUCUCUCCUCUCUGGUGGCUGGACGAGUGUGCGUCUGUGUGUGCGUCUGUGUGUGUGCGUGUCUGUGUGCGUGCGUGCGUGAAUGAGACUAACACAGAGUAGCACCUUCAGGCAAUACUACCAGCCACCCAGCAUAUUUGUGUCUAUGCACACCAACCAAACUCUCAUCCCGACUGCGCCUUCUUGUUCAAGAUCGACUUAAUAUUAAAGGACUUGUUUCAAUUUA